UAAAGAUGUGAUAGUCAGAAAAUCGAUUGCUUUAGCCUUAACAUCCGUCCUUCUUGAAUCGACUGCUCGUGUCUGGCAGUCACAUCCAACAUGGCGGCCACGCAAACGACGAAUCCUUCACAGUUGCUCCCGCUGGAGCUGGUAGACAAAUGCAUUGGUUCUCGAAUCCACAUCGUCAUGAAAACGGACAAAGAAAUCGUCGGCACUCUGCUGGGCUUCGAUGACUUUGUCAACAUGGUCUUGGAGGAUGUGACCGAGUUUGAAAUAACGCCGGAGGGUCGCAGAAUAACCAAGCUGGACCAGAUCUUGCUCAAUGGCAACAACAUCACCAUGCUCAUCCCAGGUGGAGAAGGCCCGGAAGUUUAAAGCCAGGACCUUCAUAAGUUCUUUGUUUUGUUUGUUUGUUCGUUGAAUAUAUAUUUUUAAGUGUGACAUGAAGCACACAUAAGUCUGUUUUUGUUACAAAUAAAUGAGCCCAAUUGAGAAA